AUGGGUCCAACCAUGAAAGGAGCACUGAACAAUGCCUGUACGAGACUUUGCGAGGUGUGCGGUAAAACUUUUACCAGAGCUGCACAUUUUAAAACGCACCAACUUGUUCAUACGGGGGAAAAACCCUUUAAGUGCUCAGUAUGUCAUAAAGGUUUCACAUCUUCUAGUAACAUUACAGAGCAUAUGAGGACCCAUACAGGGGAGAAACCCUUUGAGUGCCCAGUGUGUCGAAAAGGUUUUAUAUCUUCUAGUAACAUCACGAAGCACAUGCGGACCCAUACUGGGGAGAAACCCUUUGAGUGCCCAGUGUGUCGAAAAAGUUUUAUAUCUCUUGGUGACCGCACAAAGCACAUGAUAACACACACGGGGGAUAAACCCUUCGAGUGCUCAACUUGUUCUCAAGCGUUUAGCAAAAAAAUCAAUCUUAUAACACACAUACGGUCUCACACUGGGGAAAAACCCUUUAAAUGCUCAGUGUGUCAGAAAGGUUUUACAUCUUCUAGUGAUGUCACGAAGCACAUGCGGACCCAUACGGGAGAGCGUCCUUACAAGUGCUCGGUGUGUCAAAUGGGUUUUAAAUCUUCUAGUAACCUCACAUCCCACAGGAGGACCCAUACAGGGGAGAAACCAUUUAAGUGCUCAGUAUGUCAUAAAGGUUUUACAUCUUCUAGUAAUCGCACAAAUCACAUGUGGAUCCACACGAGGGAGAAACCCUUCAAAUGCUCGGUAUGUCAAAUGGGUUACAAAUCUUCUAGUUACCUCACAUCCCACAUGAGGACCCAUACAGGGAAAAAACCCUUGGAGUGUUCAGUAUGUCAAAAAGGUUUUACAUCGUCUAGAAAUCUCACAAAGCACAUGUGGAUCCACACGGGGGAGAAACCCUUCAAAUGCUCAGAUUGUCCAGAAUCCUUCCGUGAAAAAUGGAAUCUUACGAACCACAUGAGCAUCCACACGGGGAUACUUGAUAAUAAUUGUACCAUCUGCCAAAGGCCGUAUAUCCACCGAAGCAGUCUCAAAAGGCACAUGAGAACCCAUAUAGAGAAAAAACUUUAA